UAGAGGGCGGGUUCUUGCCGUCGCUCAGGAGGCGGGGCUAUGGAGGCGGGCGGGGCCUAUCGCGCCUGCGCAGAGUCCUCCGGCCACAGCUCGCACCGGCGGUGUCUGGGCUCCGGGUCCCGACUGUGAGAUCGCUGAGCUGCGCAGGGCCCCGCCCCGGGCUCCAUUGUUGAGGCAGCGGGCGCUCCGCUGGCUGCGCUCCUCUCCGACGUCCAGCGCUCACGAGCCACUGAAUCCUGAGCAAUGGAAGAGUUAAUAGUUGAACUCCGCCUCUUUCUGGAACUCCUGGACCAUGAGUACCUCACAUCAACUGUCAGAGAGAAAAAGGCAGUGCUCACCAACAUCCUGCUGCGACUGCAGUCAUCUAAGGGCUUUGAAGUGAAGGACCAUGCUCAGAAGGCAGAGGCCAACAACCUGCCGGCACCACCCCAGAUGCCUCUGCCAGAGAUCCCUCAGCCAUGGCUGCCUCCUGACAGUGGGCCUCCACCUUUACCGACGUCCUCUCUCCCAGAGGGUUAUUAUGAGGAAGCUGUGCCGCUGAGUCCUGGAAAAGCUCCAGAGUACAUCACCUCAAAUUAUGACUCUGAGGCCAUGAGCAGUUCCUAUGAGUCAUAUGAUGAAGAAGAAGAGGAUGGGAAGGGGAAGAAAACUCGGCAUCAGUGGCCAUCAGAGGAGGCCUCUAUGGACCUGGUGAAAGACGCCAAGAUCUGCGCCUUCCUGCUUCGCAAGAAACGCUUCGGCCAGUGGACCAAGCUGCUCUGCGUCAUCAAAGACACCAAGCUGCUGUGCUAUAAAAGUUCCAAGGACCAGCAGCCUCAGAUGGAGCUGCCACUGCAGGGCUGCACCAUCACGUACAUCCCAAGAGACAGCAAGAAGAAGAAACACGAGCUGAAAAUCACCCAGCAAGGCACAGACCCUCUGGUUCUCGCCGUCCAGAGCAAGGAACAGGCUGAACAGUGGCUGAAGGUAAUCAAAGAGGCCUACAGUGGCUGCAGCGGGCCCGUGGAUCUGGAAGGCUCUCCACCACCCAGCGCCAGUGCCCCGGUGAACAAGGCAGAACUGGAGAAGAAAUUGUCUUCAGAGAGGCCCAGCUCUGAUGGAGAAGGUGUUGUGGAAAACGGAGUCACCACGUGUAACGGAAAAGAACAAGCGAAGAGGAAGAAACCCUCCAAGUCAGAGGCCAAGGGGACUGUGUCCAAGGUCACUGGGAAGAAAAUUACCAAGAUCAUCGGCCUAGGAAAGAAGAAGCCAUCCACAGAUGAGCAGACGUCAUCCGCAGAGGAGGAUGUGCCCACCUGUGGCUAUCUGAAUGUACUUUCUAACAGCCGCUGGCGGGAGCGCUGGUGCAGAGUGAAGGACAGCAAGCUCAUUCUCCAUAAGGACAGGGCUGACCUGAAGACCCACAUUGCCUCCAUCCCUCUCCGUGGCUGCGAAGUGAUUCCAGGCUUGGAUUCUAAGCACCCAUUGACCUUCCGGCUGCUUCGAAAUGGACAGGAGGUGGCUGUCCUAGAGGCAUCAUCUUCUGAAGACAUGGGCAGAUGGAUUGGCAUCUUGCUGGCUGAGACGGGAUCCUCCACGGACCCGGGGGCCCUGCACUAUGACUACAUAGACGUGGAGAUGUCAGCAAAUGUCAUUCAGACAGCUAAACAGACCUUCUGCUUUAUGAACAGGCGGGCAGUGUCCACUAGCCCAUACCUGGGGAGCCUCUCCAACGGCUACGCCCAUCCCAGUGGGACAGCCCUACACUAUGAUGACGUCCCCUGUGUCAACGGCUCGUGGGACAUGGAUGGCGGCUUUCCUGGCUGUGGGAGCAGAGGCCCCAUGGAAGAGGUGCUUUAUGAUAACGCGGGCCUCUACGAUAACUUGCCAUCGCCGACAAUCUUUGCUCGUUCCUCUCCUGCUGACCGGAGGGCGUCUCGGCCACCCACUGACAGGCUGUCCUCUAACCACUACAAAUCCCCCACCUCCUGCAGCCCACCCUGCUCCCCAUCUGUCACUAACCCCUCUUCUGUGGGGCGGGCAUCUCUCGGGCUGCACUCCCAGUUGAGAAGCAAAAAACCUCCAGUGUCAUCUAAUGGGGUUCCUGUGAAGGGGAGGGCUCCCAGCAACCAGCCGAAAAAGGUGGAAUCUGCAGGCGGUGUGAAAAGGACAGCGUCAAAUGCUGAGCAGUACAAAUAUGGUAAGAACCGGGUAGAAGCAGAUGCCAAGCGGUUACAGUCCAAAGAGGAAGAGCUGCUGAAGAGGAAAGAGGCCCUGCGGAACAGGCUGGCACAGCUGCGGAAAGAGAGGAAGGACCUGAGGGCUGCCAUCGAAGUGAAUGCAGGCAGGAAGACUCAGGCGGCCCUGGAGGACAAGUUGAAGAGGCUGGAGGAAGAGUGCAAGCAGAGGGAGGCGGAGCGGGUCAGCCUGGAGCUGGAACUGACCGAGGUCAAGGAGAGCCUGAAGAAGGCCUUGGCAGGUGGCGUCACCCUAGGACUGGCCAUCGAGCCCAGGUCAGGGACAUCCAGUCCACAGUCUCCUGUGUUUCGGCAUCGUACUCUGGAAAAUUCUCCCAUCUCCAGCUGUGAUACAAGCGAUGCUGAGGGGCCUUUGCCUGUGAACAGUGCAGCUGUCCUAAAGAAGAGCCAGCCAUCCUCAGGCAGCUCCCCUUGCCGUGGACAUGUGCUGCAGAAGGCCAAGGAGUGGGAGCUGAAGAAUGGGACAUAGAGGGAGCCCAGCCACGCCUAGAGACUGUGUACUGCCACCAGCCUCGAGUGUGACACGUGCGCCUCCCAGAGUGGUCUGAACAUGACCGCAGAAGUUUGGACAAGUCUGACGCUGACCCUUGGCUGGCUUACGUGCACGCUUUCUACUGUAUGAUGGUGCCCUUUAGGAAAGUUUACUUUAAGACUUUGGUGUCCAAAUUUACUUGUUAAGAAGCAGAAAUGAAAGGGGUUAAUAAGCUGUUUUGAAGCACCCUCUAGCAGAUGGGGCAGUUUUGAGGACCUCAGCUCAGCCCUAGCUUGCAGCCCAUGGACCAUGUGCCCCUGUGAGACGGGGUGGCCCGAGCCUUCCCCGUGUGCAGUCAGAGCUGCGUACUUCACCCUGUUUGCCAGAGGGUCCUGCUCUGCAGCAGCAUCAUGAGCUCCUGUGUCUCUGCACAGCCCCUCCCCCUCCCCUCUGUCCCUUGUCACUGGAGGUGAAGCCAUGAGGAAUAGUGCUGUGAAGCAACUUUAAGAUUCAGUUUUGGUUUUGGACAAACCUUUUGUCAGCAGGAUAGAGAAGUUGUUAUUCUUUUUGCCAGUGUUUUUCAUGUUUGCCUUUUUUCAUCAUGUGCUACACUUGGACUUUUGGACUUUUCAGAGACCCUGUUCCCUUCCCAUUUUAUGAUGGGCUUUGAGAGGCAGCACAGAGCUUUCAAUUGCCACCCCCUUUCUCCUGGCCUGAGACCCCAGCAUCCUGGGCUGCUGGGCAGGAGUUCCUCAGCCCAGGAAGCACACUGGCCACCAUCUGCCUGUGGAUUUAACAGAACAGGUUCUAGAACCUGUAGUUCCACCUGGACUAUCUUUGAACAGAGCACCUUCCUCCAGUUUACAGUUGAAGCCAUGGAUCACGGGUGCACUCCUGUGCCCAGGUUGGGAUUGUGUGUGCCCCCUCCCACUCUCCUGCUUGUCUCUGUGCACUUCGUAGGAUAGUCCAGCUGCUCAGGAUGUGCUUCCUGGGUAUAGUUCAAACCUUUCCACCAUGGGGAGAUGCAGGCAGUGACCUGGAAGUUAGGCAUCUCUGCAGACCUGUGCAGGGUCAGUUAUACACGGGGGAGAACCUGGUGACACCUUCCCAUCACAGCCCAGAAUAUCCUUAGCACACAUGGAAGGAAAGUCUCCCAGGCUCUCUGUAGAGGUAGGUGCCUUUAGGGCCUUCUCUGGGUAGCCUUCAUGGCCAGGAUUGAUGGUCUAUGCUUGAGCCAUGCAGCAGCUGUCUUGGAGUCACCAAACUGCAGCAAGAUGGUCACCAGGGACAGGGAUAUCACAGUGUAUAGGGAAGCUGCUCAGCUGAAGGUCUGUCCCAGACUAGCCCAGUGUAAGACACUCACCAGCUGUCUAAUGGUGCUUCGCUCUAGUGCCUUCCUCCAAAGAACAGUUUGGAUUCCUCACACCAGCAUCUGUGUGGGCUAGUUUCUGCCAGGAAACUGUGUAGAAGGACCAGGAGGAGGGAUGCAGCCUUCACACACACCAGCCUGUUCAUGGAGCUUCGAUUAGGGGAGCCCCUUGGGUUAUCACAGGGAGCUGUGACCAUUCCAUACUCUGAAAGGGAAGAGAAUUUAAUGUGCCAUAGACUUCUGCGACCUUGGGUCUCAGAGCAGUGCUUUUGGCCACUCUGAUAGCAGCCUGCUUUGCCAGGAAAGCUGUUCCAGGCUUUGAUUGUUACCAAAACAAGAGAGAAAAUGCCCAAUUUAACAGCCAGUCCUGGCCAGCAUAGAGGGACAUAGUGAAGUAUCAUGUCCAGCAAUAAGCCUCAGAUGAGUUUGUCCUGAUGCAGACACAGCAGGCUCCAGGCUCCUGGUGUUCGGAAUUUGUGCCGAGAAACCCAGGCUUAUCCAUUCAACUGUGGUGGAUCCUGUAAGUUCUCAGCGCCAUAUAAAGUAGGUCCCGGGGAAGGUAAGGCUCCCACACAGGGUUCCACUGUCCUGUGCUCCCAUUAAUGUUCUUAGAUUUGGUCAGAAAGUUAGUUGAAAGCAUUUGUUUCAAAAUAAGUUAUUUAUUUGUAUAUGUUCAAUAAAUAGAGUUUUAAUUUAUAUAUGUACAUAUUGGACACCCACGAUCCUGUCAGGAUUCUCAGUGUUCUCAUUCUAUGACCCUCCCAAAGCUACCAGUGUGACCCCAGCCAUCGAUGGCACAGGUUUGCUCUGUGUGGAACCAAGUAGGCAGAGGGCUGAACCCUUUCUGUGAGCAAUUGGGUCCUCUGGACCAUGGGAGAUGCUCCAUCUCUUGGGGCCUCUCUUUGUCUGAGGCCACAUGUUUCUCUGGGUCUACUUUUGUUACAGUUUGGCAAGAUGUCAUCAGCUUUCACAAACCCCUCUACUUUUGUGUCCCUUUACGAACCAUUUGCAUACAAAUAUCCUGCUGGCCUGGGGACUUGCUGUGUUCCCUGGCUUGGGCAUGGGGGUGGGACCCUCAGUAUCACACAAUCUCAUGUACCAGCGUUCUUGCAAGGGUGAGCAUGGGUCAAAUAGGUCAUCCGAGGUACCAGAGUGACCUGUCCGGAUGGCAUGGACCCAGUUCACACAGAAUCUUCCAGAGUGCUUGCUGCUCCCCUGCCUCCUGUGUCAGUGUCCUGUCCUUUCCCCGUGCAUGCCUUGGUCCUGCCUCACCCACAUCUGUCCACUGCCCCAAUUUCCAUGUAGCUGUUUCUGUGUCAGCACACCCAUGCUGAUGAGACUUUUAGAAAAUCUGCUUUGGAUAGCAAUGUCCCAGGCCCUGAGGCCAUGGAGGUAGGCUUCCGCUUUGUGGGGACUGUAGUCCCCAGGUAGAAUUCACAAGCAGGCAGCAGCAGGGGUGUCCCUGGCCUCUCCUCCCAAAGGCUAGGGACAAGCCUCCCCUGUCGCUGACCUCUGCCCUGUGCUCUGGGAAUACUUGAGCCAAGUCAUUUUUACCUUCCCUCACCAGCAGACAGGACACCUUCAAGGUCCGUUCUAUGGGUGUGACAACAUCAAAAUGAAUGAGCUUUCUGUUUUUGUUUUUUGUUUUUUCUAAAGUAAUUUUGAAUCAAAAACAUUUCAAAUCCAUGACAUAGUUUUUAUAGAAGCAAUUGAAUGUCUGGGUCUUGUUCCCCCUGAUUUACUAAUCACACCAGAGAGCUGGGUUUCUACUGUGAAAUAAAAUGAAAAUAAACCCCCUGUGCCAUGCGCACACAGCUCAGCCCCAGGGAGAGGCACAAGCAGCUUGGCCAUGCCCCUGGCGUGGGAAGCCUACCCCUCAAUCUUGAGGAACACCCUUUGCCAGUAUCGGGGGACACACCACUGUGGUCUUUGGAAACCUGGGCUUCCCACACACUGGAUUGGAUUAUCCUUUCAAAGUGGUGUCUUUAGUUCAUAAUUGUUAGGGACCAAAGGUGUUUUUAAUAUGAUAAUGUUUUAAUUGAUUUUCUAACAAAGGUUUACGCUACAUUUUUAACACCAUUCUUUUUUUUUUUUUUUUUUUUUUUUUUUUUUUUACAUUCUAGAUAUUCCAAAUAAAUUGCUCGUAGCUCUAAGUUGUAAAAUGUUUUCAUGUUACGAAUGUAAUUAUUUCCUUAAUGUAUUUUAAAAAAAAAACCUAAAAUCAUAUUUAAAAUAAUCUUGGAAAGACGCAGGCAAAGGAAAGAGAAAGUUUUCUUUUUUUUUUUUUUAAUUAACUAUGUUGGUAGCCCAUUUGAAAUGACUGUAAAUAUAUUUUGAUUGUGUAGCUCAAUGUAUUUAAUUCAGAAAGUAAAAAUUUUUUUAUGUAAAGAGACUUGCAAUGAAAAAAAUCCUAGUUUUCAGUCCACGUCCCCCAUCCCGUACUCACUUCACCGACUUUACUGCUCUACAAACUGAUUUUUUUCUACUGUUGUAAUCGUGUACCCAUUGACUGGCGCCCAUUGGCGGAACUUGUUUGUGUAUUAAUAAAACUGUGCUGUGUGGCCCAGCCUCAUGUCCUCUGACAGUGGCUCAUGGUGCAGAAGAAGA